AUGAGGAAAAUGAGAUUUUCUAGUCGGUUGGUGGAUUUGAUCAUGGCUUGUAUGGGGUCAGCUUCCUAUCAAGUUUUGGUGAAUGGUGAUCCAAGAGGGGAUAUUUGGCUAACGAGUGGGAUUAGGCAGGAUGAUCCGCUUUCACCAUAUCUAUUUUUGAUAUGUUUGGAAGCUCUAAACCAGCAAUUACAACAUGCAGCCAGAUCUAAGGUAAUUAGAGGAUUCUCUUUGUGUCGAAAUGGCCUAAGAAUCAGUCACUUGUUCUUUGCCGAUGAUACCUUGCUGUUUUGCCGUGCAUCAAGGGGUGAUUUGGAGGUAAUUCUUCAAUUAUUACAGUUGUAUGAGCUAGCUUCGGGGCAAAAGUUAAAUAGAGAAAAAACUACGGUGUUUUUUAGUAAGGCUACUACAGAAGAACGAAGGGUAGAAUUGGUGGAGUUCUUGGGAGUAAAUGAGGUUAGGGAGUAUGAGAAGUAUCUUGGAUUACUGGCUGUGGUGGGUCGAAACAAGAAAGAGAGUCUUAAUGACAUUAGAGAAAGGGUGUGGAAUAAGCUUCAAGGGUGGAAAGAGAGGCUUCUAUCUCAAGUGGGUAAGGAGGUCUUGCUUAAGGCAGUAGUUCAUGCAAUCCCCACUUUUGCUAUGAGUUACUUCAAGCUUCCAAAGGGACUUAUACAAGAUAUUGAGAGAUUGAUUGGGAAGUUUUGGUGGGGGGCAACGGGGAGAUCAAUGCAAAAUCCAUUGGAAAGAUUGGGAGACCUUGUGCAAACCAAAGACUUUGGGUGGAAUGGGAUUCAAGAAUUUAGAGAAGUUCAAUGA